AUGAAGCUUUCUACCUGUAAUGAGUUGGAAGUACAGCCGCCAGGAACUUUUAUGGGGCAUUGUUGUGGGAUUGUGGCUAAGGUUUGUAAAUCAAAAGCAAAAACUACAGUUUUAAUGAAAUGCAGCACUGGUCAGAUUUUUGUGGUCACUGCUUUUGCAACUGUAGUUGGGAAGUAUGGUGUUUUUGUAGAGCUGUGUCAGGAAGGAAGUGUGAGUCUAACAAUCAGAAGUUUUAUUUUUCGAUUUAGGUCGUCGAUUUAA